UGAAUUAUUCCUCAAUUUUGAAGUUUCACUCUUGUGGAAAAUUUCAUGAAAUUUUGGUGGUUUUUACUCCAAAUUUCGCUUCAAAACCGUCAGAAAAGUGUAGUGUGUAAUGAGCAUUAGUAACUUCGACUUUCCUUAUUGCCAUGAAGUUACAAAAUACGAGAGAUUACUCAAAAUUGGUCAAGGAACAUUUGGUGAGGUAUUUAAAGCACAGGAAAGGAAGGGAUCAAGGCGUCUUGUUGCACUCAAGAAGGUGAUGAUGGACAAUGAGAAAGAAGGGUUUCCAAUCACAGCUCUACGGGAAAUUAAAAUCCUCCAGCUUCUUAAUCAUGACAAUAUUGUUAACCUAAUUGAAAUAUGUCGAACUAAAGCUUCACCAUACAACCGGAAUAAAGCAAGCAUCUAUUUAGUGUUGGAGUUUUGUGAACAUGAUCUAGCUGGCUUGCUUAGCAAUCACCAAGUAAAAUUCAGUAUUGCUGAGGUAAAAAAGAUUGCACAAAUGCUGAUGAAUGCCUUAUACUUCAUACAUAGUAACAAAAUAUUACACAGAGACAUGAAAGCUUCAAAUGUUCUUAUAACCAAAUCUGGAGUCCUUAAGCUUGCUGAUUUUGGGCUUGCAAGAGCAAUUCAUAUCAGUGAAGAGAAACAGAGAUAUACCAACAGAGUUGUAACACUUUGGUGUCGACCUCCUGAAUUAUUGCUUGGUGAACGUGAUUAUGGCCCACCUAUUGAUAUUUGGGGUGCAGGUUGUAUAAUAGCUGAAAUGUGGACCCGUACUCCAAUAAUGCAAGGCAGCACCGAACUACAUCAGCUCACGCUUAUUAGCCAUCUCUGUGGUUCAAUUUCUUCAGAUGUUUGGCCAGGUGUUGAACAGCUGGAGUUGUAUGAGAAGAUGACAUUGGCUCGAGGUUUAAAACGAAGGGUGAAAGAGAGGCUUAAAAGUUAUGUUCGUGAUGUGAAUGCUUUGGAUCUUAUUGAUAAAAUGUUGAUGCUUGAUCCAAAACAAAGGCUUGACAGUGAUGCUGCUUUGAAUCAUGACUUCUUCUGGACAGACCCAAUGCCAUGUGAUAUAUCUCCUACCUUAGCGAGGCAUAACCAAUCCAUGUUUGAAUACCUUGCACCUCCACGUAGGGCUGCAGGAUUACCAGCUGCCAACAGACCCAGAGGUGCUGCAGGUCAGCCUAACACCAGUCAAGCAAAUUCAUAUGCAGAUCGAGUGUUUUAAAGUGGUUAUAAAACCCCCAGGUGAAGUUAAUAUUUUAAGUGCAUAGUUCAUACAUACAGCAAGUACUGUAGUUAAAAUCAGUAGUUAGAAAUGAAGAUUUAGGCAUACUGCCGGAAAUAACUCAAAAAAAAAAUAAAGAAAAACAUGGUAAAAUAACUAUCACAAUUUGGUAACUUAUUGACCAUUGUGGUCAUUUGUGAGGAUUAGAAAAUUUAGUUGAUGGCUGUGUCUAGUGAUGGUUGCUUCAAGGAGAGUCAAUCUAGAAGAAGUAGGUCUAGAAUUGUUGCAAAUCCUGAGGAUUUAACUUGUGUUUAUUAGUAUUAUUUUCAAUAUGUGCCUUCAUUUUGUUAUUUAAAAAUAUUAUAAUUUAUAAAAAAUAGAAAAUAGGAAAAAAUGCAAAAAGAUUCAUGAGAAAACAAAUAAGUUUAAACAUACAUCACAUAUUAGGUAUAGAUACUGGGUUUCAAUAUGAUAGUAUAGUUGUUGUAUUGUAUAUUAAUUGUGUGAUAUUAGAACUUUUGUGUCUUGAGCAGGCCAGGCUCGUUAGCUGUGUUAUAGUCUUGUAGCUUAUAAAUUGAAACUUGUCUUUGGAAAAUGUCGAACCUGCGUUCUCGUUGAUGAAAAUUUUUCUAUUCCUUUUAUCCUAAUGAUAAUAAUGUCCACCAUUUAUGCAUUUUCCUACCUAUAUUUUGCUUCAUCUAAUGGCAUUUGACAUUUUCCAAGCUAGUUUUGAAAGUUUAUGUAUCAUUCGUUGACUGUUAAGCAUGUGAAGUAACAAACUUUUAUCACAAAAAAAAAGUCAAAAAGAAACGCUAAAAAAUAGCAUACAAUUUUAAUAAACAUAUAUAAAACCAUAGAAGGUCAGUAUGUAUGUAUUUUACUAAACAUGUAUACGAUAGGUAAAUAUAUUGCUGUAUGUUCAUCAGUUCAUGUUAUUUUUCUAUUUAUUACUAUUAAAUAAAUGUAAUGGAAAACAAUCAAUAAAU